AUGUCUUUCCGAGAACUAGGCAACGAGAAGUUCAAAGCCGGCGAGUACAAGGAAGCCGAGCAACUCUAUACCCAAGCGAUCGCUGAACACUCACGCUCCGACCCCAAGGUCUUUACUAACCGAGCCCUCACCCGCAUCCGUCUCCAAGACUGGCCCGGCGCUGAAACCGACGCGCGCAAGGCGAUAGAAUUAUACGGUGUCAAACACAAGAAUGCCGCCAUGAAAUCUCACUAUUAUCUGGCGCAAGCCCUCCUGGCGCAACGUCAUGUCACUGAAGCGCUGGAGGAGGCCAAAACAGCAUAUGCCAUUUGUCUAGAGACACACGACAGCUCUGCAGAGUUGAUCAGCAAUUUCAUUUUGAAAGCGAAGCAAGCGCAAUGGCAGGCUAAAGAGACGGCGCGUUUGCGAGAGAUGAAUGAGACGUUGGCAUUGGUUGAAGACCUGCUGGACGCACAAUUACAGCGAGACCUUGACGCUGUGGAAGAAAGGUUCAAGGCAGGCGAGAUUGGGGACACAGGCCGUCGGGAGGAGAUCGAAGAACUUCAAAGAGAGGCCGAAGUGAGAAGGGCAAAUAUCAGACGGGGCUUUGAGGACAAGGGUAUACCAGAUUCGGCGGAGAGAGUUGUCCCUGACUGGCUCAUUGACCCCAUUACAUUCGAAGUGAUGCACGACCCUGUUGUAACACCCACUGGUGUCUCAUACGAGCGAGUGUCUUUGUUAAAACACAUCAAGGUCGUCGGAACUGACCCCCUCACAAGGCAGCCGCUCAAGCCGGACAACCUGAUACCCAAUGUCGCGCUGAAGAACGCCUGUGCAGAGUUUCUGGAGAAGAACGGUUGGGCCGCUGAUUGGUAG